AGGAGUGUCCGGUCGAAGUGCUUGUAAAGUAAUGUUCUUGAAUAAUGGUGGGGUUUUUUUGUCCUCGCUGACAAGAUCUAUUUUACCAAAGCAUGUGAAAAGUGAUUGAUUAGUCUGCAAUGAGCAGUUUGCACUGCACUCAUCGCUUUCAGGAAAGUGCGAGACUGAAAAAUGUCGAGGUGUACUUAUUUUAUGCUGUAAUGUACCGAGGGCUUAUGCUGACCUAGUACUACUACUGGUAGUAGCGAUCAAUUUCGUGAAGAAGUAAUUACGCUUUGAUGACACUUUAAAAGGUCAAAUUUGCAGGGUGAAUUCGAAUGGAAAAAAAAGCACAAUUUACUGCACUACUCAGUCUGCUUGUGUAAUUUUGUGUGCCAAUCAGAAAAGAGCAAAGGUAGCCCGGAACUGAGCGUGCACGACCACGUGGAAGGCACAGGAGCAGAAAUAUAGCGGACUUUUCAGCAAAGUUGUGCUAAAAAUAUUCCUUGACAGGAGAAGAACACGGGAAGCCCGUCUCUACUAAGCGUCUAUAACUUAGGAACUCCACAGCUAGAUCAGUGAGCAGCAGCCUUGAACGACUUCUGAUCGAAACUAAUUCCAUUCCUGUGGCUUUAAGCAAUAGGAGUUUGGGAUAGGGAGGCUGUUACUGUAUGUCAUCACCUUGGAAAACACGCAGAACACUGUUUUGGAUUGAUAAAUCCUACAUUGCAGAAAGUAAGCGCCUGAAAGAGGCGGUAAAAGUGAUUGGCUCAGGCGGGCUCCUGUUCGUCUCUUACCUCACCGCCGUGGGCGACGAGCGCUUCUACGCCAACCACCUGAUGCCCACGCUGCAGAGGAUUGUGGGAGCGGAGACUGCCCAUGUCUUAGCGGUGCGCCUCCUGGCGCUGGGGCUCGUACCAAGGUGCCAGCACCAGGACUCUGCUGCACUGGAGGUGCACGUCCUGGGCCAGCGGUUCCGGAACCCCGUGGGGAUAGCGGCGGGCUUCGAUAAGCACGGGGAGGCUGUGGACGGGCUGUACGGACUGGGCUUCGGCUUCGUGGAGGUGGGGACGGUCACCCCUCAGCCGCAGGAGGGGAACCCCAAGCCACGCGUGUUCAGGCUGGCUGCCGACCAGGCAGUCAUCAACAGGUAUGGUUUUAACAGCUGUGGUCAUGCAGCAGUCCAAGAGAGGCUAAAAGCAAGGAAAGCAUCACAGAUUGAGCUGACAAAAGCUGGCCAGCCUCUCGGGAUCAAUCUGGGCAAGAAUAAACUGUCCCGCGAUGCGGCUUCGGAUUAUUUGGAGGGUGUUCGGACGCUGGGUCCUCUGGCUGAUUACCUGGUGGUGAAUGUGAGCAGCCCCAACACCCCUGGGCUGAGGGACCUGCAGGGCAAGGCAGAACUGCGACACCUGCUGGACAGAGUCCUGAAGGUGCGAGACGCCCUGCAGCGUGAGCCCAGGCCUCCUGUGCUGGUGAAGAUCGCUCCUGACCUCAGCCCUCAGGACAAGCAGGACAUCGCCGAGGUCAUCACUGAGCUAGGGGUAGAUGGGCUGAUUGUCACCAACACGACCGUCUCUCGACCUGCGACGCUGCAGGACCCCCAGCGAGAGGAGACGGGGGGACUUAGCGGCACGCCCCUCCGCGAGAUGUCAACACAGAUGGUGUCUGAGAUGUACCGCCUGACCGCAGGAAAGGUUCCCAUAAUAGGCGUCGGAGGUGUGAGCAGCGGGCAGGAUGCUCUCGAUAAAAUCCGUGCCGGAGCCUCACUGGUCCAGCUGUACACCGCGUUCGCCUUCCAGGGUCCUCCGAUAGUCGGCAAGAUCAAACGGGAACUCGAACAGCUGUUGAAAGAACAAGGCUUCACAAACGUCUCUGAAGCUGUGGGAGCUGAUCACAGGGCCACAAAUGGAAAAUCACCCAUCACUCAACAUCCAUUGAGAGUCAAUGUGCACGUGGCCUCCAAACCAACAGUGCAACAGGUGGCUUCCACUUUAUAGACUUAUGAAGAUGGACAUGGACUUUCCAUUUCUCAUUUAAACAUAAAAUCUGCACAAGCUGGUUUGGUGUAGGUAUGGCAUGAUGCCAGCAACUUGAGCACGCCGGAAGCUUAAGAAAUGCAAAUUUUCAAGAUUCUGGUGUAAGUGAUUGUCGCUCUAGAGUGCUGUGAAAGAGGUACUGCACGAUAAUGAAAUGCAUAACAGUGAAGACAGAAGCAGGUUUUCAGUGAAGGUGUUGGAAACAGUAUUGGCAAAGUAAUUGUUGCUUCAUAUGUUGUUUGUGAAGGAUCAUCAACAAUGAGCUUCCAAGACUUUAAAAAGUGUUAAUUUUAAGAUUGUUUAGACAAUAUUGAGGGUUGGAUGAGUUUCUUAGCAAAAUGUACUGUAUUUUGAAAGAUGCAGUAACUGCUGUGCUUAGUCCAUUCAGUCAAUAAUGAGUGAAGUGUAGCAAUGAGUCAAUAAGGUUUAAGAGGUGGUUCAGCCUUUAAUAUAGCAGUUACAGGCUGAGGAGUAAGUGCGUAUCCUAAAUACUCUUUCUUGACUAAUGUAUUUUCUCAACUGAUAAAAACAAUUGGAAUUAAACUUGUGCAAAAUGUGCAAUGUCUGUGUUUUGCAAUCUAAAAUAUGUGGAUGCAUGGUAUAUUUCGGGUUACACUUUUGUGAUGAGCCAUUGUGAGAAAAAUUAAAUUGCAUUGCAGUUACCAUUUAUCAAAUCCCUGCAGAUGAAUAUAGAAAGCCAAAUUAAUUUAUACAGCAAUGAAACAUGUACAAAAAAUGCUGGUCUCACCCAAAAACAAGGAUGUUAUCUUAAUUAUUCACAUACUGUAGCCCCUUUGGCAUUUAAGUCUUUGGAUGAUAUGCUUAUGUAGAAAAAAAAAGUAAUUUCAGAAUACUGCUUUACAUAUUCCAUAGAUAGGAGUGAAAAUAAAAAAAGAAUGGAUCUACAGUAGAGCUGAGUUUGAAAUAGAAGCCUGUGAUAUGUUGAGAUAAUUUAUUUCUCCUUUCAGCAAGGACUGUGUUAGCAUUUCUCUCUAUAUUGCUUCCCAGUCUUUUGACUGAAUGAGUACAAACCAGCUGACUUAGUGAUAACUGUGCAGGCACACUAAUUUUAAUGCGGUUAUCCUCUCAUGUACUCUGUUGUAUGUAUGGUUGUCCUAGAGAUCAGUAUCUGGGCAUAGUUUCCAUGUACAAAUGUUCAGCUGUCUCACUUUAAAUGUGUUCAGGCCAGAUCAUUGAUUUAAUAUUUAAAUAAAAACUGUUUGUCUUGGUUUUAAA